AUGUCUUUCCUGGUCACCUUCAUUGACCGUCAAUUCGUCCACAACCGCCCUGCGGAACCCACAUUCUCCUUCGAAGGCCAGACCGUCAUCGUCACAGGAGCGUCAUCUGGCUUGGGCCUCGCUGCGUCUCAAAAGUUCAUCGAACAUGGCGCGUCCUCCGUCAUCCUCGCCUGCCGCGGACUACCCAAGGCCGAAGCCGCCGCCGACGCCAUCCGCAAAUCCACGGGCUGCGAUGCAAGUCGCGUUCGCGUCAUGCACCUCGACUUAAGUUCCUAUGCGUCCGUCCUCGAGUUCGCCACCCGCGUCACCGAGGAGCUCCCCCGGCUUGAUGUGCUCUUGCUCAAUGCGGGCGUGACGCCCUUCUCAUGGGCGACAACGGAGGGGAACGAGGAGACCGUCACUACCAACGUCGUAUCUCUCGCGCUUCUCGCGCUUCUCCUUCACCCCAAACUUUCACAAUCGGCGAAGGAACACGGCGGAUAUGCUCACAUCACCGUGACCGGUUCGGAGAUGUACAGAUACGCAAAGUUCGAGGAGCGCGACAAGGCGGGAAAGGACGGGAUCUUCGCAGCACUGGCAGAUGAGAAGCGAUCGAACCUAUCCGACAGGUACAAUACAUCCAAGCUCCUCGCGCUGUUCGUUGUGAAGCAGAUCGCUGCGCUCUCGCCCGUGGCCCAGAGCCGUGUCAUCGUAAAUAGCGUUUGCCCGAGCUUCUGCAUGAGUGACCUCGCUCGUGGAUAUGGCCCCCUCAACCCCGUCACUCGCGGCUUGAUGCGUGUGGUAGCCCGACCGACCGAGGUCGGAGCCCGCGUACUUGUCUACGGUGCUGGAGCUGGUCCUGAGACUCACGGCGCUCACCUUCCGGAUUGCAAGCUUAUUCCUACGACCGCCCUCACUGAGGGUGACGCGGGUAAAGAGUUGCAGCAACGCGUGUGGGAGGAGCUGCGAGUGAAGCUUGAGGCGGUCAAGCCCGGAGUGACAAACUUGAGUUGA